AUGUCCGGCAAGUCCUCCAACCUCACCUCCAAGAUGGACAGCGACGUGCACCGCAGUGUCGCGGCCUUCGUGCAGGGCACCACGUCUGCUUCGGGCCAGCCGGCUCCGCAGGCGCAGGCAUUCAGCUUCGAUGGCGAGAGAGGUGCGGGAUCGGCAAAACUCUGCAAGCACCUGCCCGGCGGACAGACGGAGUGCACGCAGAUCGCAAUGGAGGCCAAGGAUCUCUUCGCGCAGAUGCAACAUCUCGGCUUCUUCUGCCAGCUGCCGCAAGAUCCGCGCCUGACGCACAUCCAGUGCCGCCGGUUGCCAUCAGAGUAG